UCUUGAUCUUGACCCGACUUGAAAAUAGACCCAGAAGCCAAGGCUAGUUUUUUCGGAGCCAUUUUCGUCUGUUAAUCACUUGCAAAAUAGUCAAGAAAAAAAAAAUGCAAUUGAUUGGUUUAUUUUAUUGGUUUUUAAAGUUUGGACCGGUGGUUUUUGAUUGAAAAUGCGACGCAUAUGAGCCGGGGUUGGCAGCUUGGCGCCCAUGGAGGAGAGGACACAUACUUUGCAAAAUCCAGUUCUUCAAGCUAAUCGAAGGCCAUAUAAAUAUCUCAGCUUCAGGAAUGUUGUCACAAACACCAAUAUGGAGGGCGAUUCCACGUAUGAGAGUAACAUCAUGGAGGAUGAGAACAAAUCAGAAUUUAGAAGUUUUCUCAAAAUCCUUCCCCCUGUAGAGUUUGCCUGCGUCUAUGGCUCAUCUCUUCAUCCAAACAACCAAGCCAAGUCAACCAUGACAGACUACAUUCUUGGCGUAUCAGAUCCCUACCGGUGGCAUUCCGAGAACCUGAAAUUGAACAGAAAUCACUAUGCAUCGUGGAUGGUGCACCUUGGCGGGGCAAGACUGGUUACCGAAGUUGCGGAUAAAAUUGGCGUUGGCGUGCAUUUCAACCCUUUUGUUAGUUGGAACAGAAAGAUGUUCAAAUACGGGGUUGUUCGAAUUGAUGACUUACUUCAAGAUGUACUGUGUUGGGAGAGGUUUUACUUGAGCGGUCGUUUGCAAAAACCAAUUCAUAUAGUGAUAGAUAAUUUGGACAUUGCAAACGUCAAUUCUGUUAACCUGAGAGCUGCAAUAUCAGCUGCUCUUCUCUUUCUUCCAUCAGAAUUCACAGAGGAAGAUCUGUAUUCCAAGGUGUGUAGCCUCUCAUAUGUGGGUGACCUACGUAUGCUAUUUGCGGAGGAUAAAAAUAAGGUGAAGAAGAUUGUAACAGGCCAGUUUGAUCUAUUCCACUCAAUGUAUAAACCGUUUCUUCAAGAGUAUGAGGCUAAGAAGUUAUUGAGACUUUCAUCCAGUGCUAAUCGCAGAGUACAAGUCUUUCAGGAUUGUGACUUAUCAGCGGCUAGCUCUCUUGUCUCUUCUCUUCCUCCUGCAAUCAGAAACCAGAUGGGUAUGAUGUUAGGAGAGAAGACAAAAGUCAUUGAAACUGGAAAAAUCACAAGAGACGUUGUUCUCAGCUCCAGAGAAGAGGCUGCAAAAUGCUUGCAGGGAAUUCUGAGGAGAAAAGUUAUGAUUUCAAGUGCAAGACAAGCCGUGUCUGGCCUUCUGACUUCCGGUGGGGUUAACGCUAGCCGGUAUCUUGCCAAAAAAAUGAGCAAAGCCUGGAAGUCCUGGAGGUGAUGAUUCUAGUCAGUUAGAAAUCUUAAAAUGAGAGUUUCCUGCUUAAUCAUUGACCAAGAGAAGUUUGCAGAAAGACUGGUAUUGCUUUCAUUUUCCACCAUUUUGCUUCUCUGUUGCGGAGCUAUAGCCUUCUGGACAGAACUUUGGGUAAAAUUCUGUAUCUGAGGUUCUUUAAUAAAAGAUGUUACUUGAACAUCUUUUAAUGACUUAGCUCCACAUUAUGGAUUUCCUGAAAAUGUUACUUCAUAUGUCAUAAUUCUAUUGAGAAACUUGAUAGUAAA